CACCAAACGAACCCGAAUGAUGGAUUUGGAAAGACAUAGCGACGACGACUCUCCUCUCUCUCCUCUUUCCUUCAGAUACCUUGAAGUUGAAAAUGACCGCAAUCAAGAAUCCGUCAACAAUGACCCGCCGUCUCCGCCGCCGCAGGAGCUCUUCUACUUCUUCUCCGAUGUCCCCCUCGAGAAACACCGCAUGAGCGACUCAGCCGUCGAGAUAAACGGGACCCAGAGAUGGGACUACUUCCGGUCACACUCUUUCAGCGGCAAAAGAGAAUCCGGGUCGGGUUCGGGUUCGGAGCGGGUCGCUUCCGUGUCACGGAAGGUCAACAUUAGCUCUCUGACGUCCAUGUCGUCGGCGUCGAGGCGGCGGAUGUUUAUGUUCGGGCCGGUGAGGUUUAAGCCGGAGAUGGAUCUUGUUGCCAUCAAGGAGAGGCAGCGCCGCCGUCUCUCCCCGAAGAAGGUCUUGCCGGCGACCGUCGCUGAUGAGGGAGUGGUUGCGAACGGCGGCGAUCGGCCGAAGCGGCGGGGAGUUAGGUCCCGGCUGUGGGACCUAGUGGCUAAGCGGAUUGGCUGCCUUAGAGUUGACGUUAACGACUAAUAAUAUAAUUAUCAGUCGCUUCGAUCAUUAUUCAGGGGCGGAGACAGGAAAUGCAGGCCUACUUGGAGAGGAGAGGGGUCGCCAUAUUCACUGACCUCUUGUGGAAUUAUUAUGCCGGAAAAUUAAACGAUCUUUCAGACUCUUGAUAGACGGCCAAUUCGCGCGCCGGCACUUUCUCCGUACGUAAUAUGAUAUGGUUAUCUAUCUCUAGCCCUGAAAGCCGAUCGAUAAGGGUUUGUUUUUCGUCUGCUAGCUGCUGAAAAGAUAAGAGUUUCGUCAAUAUUUUUGGAAACAACCAACCAACGUUAUAUAUGGUCUAUAGAAUUUAAUCAGUACGUACGUAGAUGUGUUUUUUUACGCUUUUUCGGUUCUAUCGUGCCAAAAAGACAUGUAAAACACUCAUUAAUAAAUUAGACUGAGCAUUAUUAUUGUU